AUGAAUGCUGCGGUUAAUAUUUAUCACUUAAAAAACCCAUUUUGCGGAAAUACUCUAGUGAAAUCUGAUGAACUGAAGAAAUGGAACAGGUUAUUGAAGUAUGGUCUCUUUAGCUGGGGAGUUCCAGUCAUUAUAACGAUUGUUUACAUUGUACUAGCAAAGGAAGAUGUUCUAAGGUUUGAUCAACCUAUUGCAUCUUUCAAUAAAGAUCUUCAGUCCAGCUUAAAGUUUUAUCAACGCAUUGAAUUUGUGAAUCGAGAUGCGACGACAAAUAAUAUAAGGAUUUAUCACCGUGUUGCAUCCUUGAAAGGAAAUGUCCUUUGGUCAAAGUUGAGGUAUAAUGAAAGCAAUGACAAUGCACUUGAAGAUGUCCAGUCAAGGUUAAAUCAAGGCAUUGUAAUUGGGAAGGAAGAUGCGAUGGAAGAUGAUGCAAGAAUUUAUCAACAUAUUCUUGAUAUGAACGCAUUGUUGAUAUGA